AAAAGAUAGCAAAUCAUGAACCACCAGUACUAUACAAGAACAGCCACCACCAUUAUUGACUCAACUUUGGUACCAAAUUUGAUGGGGAGCUUUACAAUUCCUUCAAAACAUGAACUGCCGAUUGGUUUCCGAUUUCGUCCCACGGAGGAGGAGCUGGUUACUCAUUACCUGAACAACAAGAUUCUCGGCCGUCAACAUCUUGUUCAAUGUAUCCCUCAGAUUGAUCUCUUCAACUACGAUCCUUGGAAGCUCCCUGAGCGUUCCCUUCUCGACUCCGAUAAUUAUGAGUGGUUUUUCUUCCGAUCCCUCACCUCCAAAACUAAAAGGACUACCGUUUCUGGGUGCUGGAGAUCCACCGGCGAUGAUAAACGCAUCGUGGCUCGGGGAACCAACAAAGUCAUCGCCACUCGAAAAAUUUUAGUGUUCUAUCAAGGCCAGGGUAAGGCUGCUGUAAAAACCAAAUGGGUCCUUCAUGAAUAUCACCUUUUUCAACAAGAUACUACUGACAUCUCAUCAUCCCAGAUGCCGUUCGUCGUUUGUCGAUUGAAAGAAAGUGCAGAAGAGUUUAGAUCAGAUGAUCAACGAAAGAAAAGCAAAAAGAGACAAGUCCAUUGGAAUGGAGAGAAUGAUCAACCUGCUUUGGAAGAUUUUCCAAAUACACAUCAACCAACACAGCCUUCAAAUUAUUUUGAAAAUGAGGUUAUGAACUCAGGAUUUGAUACAGAUGAUGCGAGCUCGAAGAUGUUCUUCAAGACCACUCCAUGGCCUUCAGAAUCAGAACCAAGAGAACCAGGUUUAUUGAACAUUAGUCAACAAGUGAGUGACAGCAAUUCUGAAGGAAAUGAACAAUUAUCACAGCCUCAAUCUUCAAUGGCUAGUGAACCUAAUUCCAAUGAUCAGCUUGGUUGGUUUCUUAAUUAUAUGGUUGACAACGAUGAAACUGAUCAAAUCAAUGUUAUCCUUAAGCGUCAUAGCAUGGAGGAAUUCCAAAGCAUGGCUCGUGAACUUGAAGCCGGUGAUACGACCUCGGUAAAGGUCUCGUCUGAAGGUAUGAGGACGACAAUUCAAAAGUCAUGUAGAAAACCCCUUAUAGCAAGGCAUUGUCAAUACAAAGAGGAAAAUGAUGAGUCGCAAGACGAUUCUUGUGGACAAACUUUAAAAGUUCAACGUCAACCGAAGUCCAACAACAUUGUAGCCCAUAGAGAUGAACCAAAAAGAGACGAAUCAAGGGAGGUAUUUAUUUUGCAGGGUGGAAAUGUUGAGAAACAUACAUCAGUCAUAUAUUCUAAUGAGACUCCAACAAACUGUUUUUGGUAUAUCUUAACCACGAAAAGGAUUCACCACAAAUCGAAUGAUCAACCAAUAGACUAUGUUGCUAAAGUGCUUUUAGGAUUCAUAAUAUUAAUAAUGUUUGUUCUAACUAGUUUUUGAAACUCUUACAAAUUUGGAGAGAAUUAGUUAUUUAUUACCUAAAUUUGAGGAUUGAUUGUGUAGAAAGUGAGAAAGGGGAAGACUUAUAUGGUGUGAUUGUCGAAUCCCAAGCUUUGAAGGAUAAUAUACGGUAUCGUUAUAUUUAUCAUAUAUAUAAACUUUCUUACUUAGAGAUCUAUAAUAAAAUUGUUUUUAAUA